CUCACAGAGACUCACAGAGUGUGGCAGGUUAAUCCAUCACAGCUGUGUUUGCUCAAUCAAAACCACUGCCAAGACAUGGCGCUCCACAUCUCCCUCAUCUUCCUGACCAUGGUUUCUAUCUGGGCAGCUUCUGAAGGUAAGUAUAUUUUACCUCUGACACUGGCAGCAGAUACAAUUUGUCUGGGCUGAUUUACUACCAUCAAUUAUUAUAAUCACAAAUGCAUUUGCUUAGUUAUAUUAUUCUAGUGACAAUUUCAGAUGUUCUGCAAAUCAAAGCUCCAUUUAUUUGAUAAUUCUAACUAUUCAUUUUUUGCAUGUUUUGCAUUUUGAAAAAUGCUGUGAGCUUUUAUUCAUGUAUGAAAUAGAAAACAAGGGAGAUUUAUUCAUUUAACCACAAAUUGUGGAGAGCCGGGAAAUUGCAAAGUUAAUCCAAAAAUAUCUUAAUGGAAAUGUUUUCCCAACAUGGCUCUAUUUUUAUUUUAAUUAGUUUGGCUUAAAAUGUAUAAUUUAUCACAAUUCUCGGUACAGCGAGUAGCUGGAAAAAUAAAAAUAUAUAUCAAAAUUGCGGGAUAAUCCGCUCAAUUAUUGUGAAUUGUAUUGAGCUAGAACUCCUUCAUUCCUGAAUUAUUUCUACUGAGUGAAAAAAAAUGAUAUAGGCAAAUUGUAUUCUUCUGUUAUCAAAAAAAUGAUUCUGGGAAAAAGAAUGUUAGCUAAGUGAUGUCAUUACCAGGUUUUUAAUGUCCACCACAACAGAGAGAUAGCAACAUUACGAAGGACAUUCCCUUUUGUUAAGUUAAUUGAUCUUGUUUAAUCGUUUUUUUUCCCCAAGUAUAGCAAUAAAAAAAUCCGGAAACUAUUUUAAUGUAUUUAUAUCAGAUUUAUACAGAAACAUUGCCACCAAUAAAACAUAUUGUUUAAAAACAAAUAUAUUCCUUAAAUUCCUUGUAAUUCUGGAAAAGUAACAACAAACAUUUAAAUAUGAACUUUGCAAACACCGUCCCUCCUCUCCUGGACAGUGCUCCUUCCAUGAUUUAUUUUAUAGCGUCUAACGCUGUAUACUCUGAAAUGUAAUCAUAUUUAAUCCAAAUUAUACAUUGGAAUUAAAAAAAAGUAUUUUAUCAAUAAAAUUACCAAUAAAUGUAUAAACCAAUACUAACAAUACCAACUCCGUGUUCAUGCUGUUUAGAUCCGUGAUGACCUAUUAUAUUGGACAUUGAAUGUUUUUUUUUAAAAAUAUUGGAAACAAAUAAAAAAAAUUACUUUUUUUAAUGUCAAUGUAACAUUACACCCAGUUUAAAGGAACACUAUAGUCACCUAAAUUACUUUAGCUAAAUAAAGCAGUUUUAGUGUAUAGAUCAUUCCUUUGCAAUUUCACUGCUCAAUUCACUGUCAUUUAGGAGUUAAAUCACUUUGUUUCUGUUUAUGCAGCCCUAGCCACACCUCCCCUGGCUAUGACUGACAGAGCCUGCAUGAAAAAAAAAACUGGUUUCACUUUUAAACAGAUGUAAUUUACCUUAAAUAAUUGUAUCUCAAUCUCUAAAUUGAACUUUAAUCACAUACAGGAGGCUCUUGCAGGGUCUAGCAAGCUAUUAACAUAGCAGGGGAUAAGAAAUCUUAAUUAAACAGAACUUGCAAUAAAGAAAGCCUAAAUAGGGCUCUCUUUACAGGAAGUGUUUAUGGAAGGCUGUGCAAGUCACAUGCAGGGAGGUGUGACUAGGGUUCAUAAACAAAGGGAUUUAACUCCUAAAUGGCAGAGGAUUGAGCAGUGAGGCUGCAGGGGCAUGUUCUAUACACCAAAACUGCUUCAUUAAGCUAAAGUUGUUCAGGUGACUAUAGUGUCCCUUUGAUGUCUGACUUUAUGUCUCGGUCAAUCGUCUCUCAAUACUCAACUGUGAUUGGUCAAUACGAACCUUGACAGUUACUAGACAGUUUAUGGGAGAGAAAUACUGAACUUUCAGCAAAUCAGACCAAGAAGCCUGUGAUGCCCUUUUCAGGACACUGGGUCUGAGGGGGUUAAGCUCACAGGGACAUUCACACCAAACUAGCCGAGUUGUGACCAGAGACAAACUGGAGAAUUUUCAUAAAUCUGCUUUUUUGUUCUAAAUUUUGUGAUUCCCUUUUUUCUGUUCGCUAUAAUUCUCUUUUCAUGGAAUAACCACAUAAUUUCUACCCAGUCCGUCUCAUGUGCUGAUUGUUCGCAUUUUCUAUGUGUUUGCAUUGUGAAAAUAUGUAUAGAACUUGUAACUCAUACUGUACUAAUAAUGUAAAUUAAUAUUUAUUAGUUAUUACUGGCUAUAUAUAUUACUGUAUAGCAGCUAGAAUUAAAUAAUUUGUAUCAAAUGUGUCCUUGUAUCACACUGCUGAUCUCUAAUUUUUAUAUCAAUAGUCUAUGUUAUAUAAUACAUGCAAUAUAUGUUAUAUAAUAUAUAAUACACGCCAAAUAUGUUAUAUAAUAUAUGAUACAUGCUAUAUAUGUUAUAUACUAUAUAAUACAUGCUAUAUAUGUUAUAUAAUAUAUAAUACACUCAAUAUAUGUUAUAUAAUAUAUAAUACAUGCAAUAUAUGUUAUAUAAUAUAUAAUACAUGCUAUAUAUGUUAUAUACUAUAUAAUACAUGCUAUAUAUGUUAUAUAAUAUAUAAUACACUCAAUAUAUGUUAUAUAAUAUAUGAUAAACGCAAUAUAUGUUAUAUAAUACAUACUAUAUAUGUUAUAUACUAUAUAAUAGUUAAAUAAUUAUAUAUACUAUAUAAUGUGCUAUUAUAACAUAUAUAGCAGUGUGUGUUGUAGUAAUGUGUAAGAUAGCAGUGUGUGUAGCAGUGUGUGGGUUGUAGUAAUGUGUAAGGUAGCAGUGUGUGUAGCCGUGUGUGGUAGCACUGUGUAUAAGAGCAUUGGGUGUAUGGUAGCAGUGGGUGUAGCAGUGUGUUGUGGCAAUGUGUAAGGUAGCAAUGUGUGUAGCCGUGUGUGUGGUAGCACUGUGUAUAAGAGCAGUGAGUGUAUGGUAGCAGUGUGUAUAAGAGCAGUGCGUGUAAGGUAGCAAUGUGUGUUGUAGUAAUGUGUAUGGUAGCAGUGUGUGUAGCAUGUGUGUGUUGUAGUAAUGUGUAAGGUAGCAGUAUGUGUAGCCAUGUGUGUGGUAGCACUGUGUAUAAGAGCAGUGGACGUGUGGUAGGCGUGUGUGUAGCCGUGUGUGUAGCCAUGUGUAUAGUAGUGUGUGUAGCCGUGUGUGUGAGCACUGUGUAUAAGAGCAGUGGGUGUAUGAUAGCAGUGUGUGUAGCAGUGUGUGUGCUUUAGUAAUGUGUAUGGUAGCAGUGUGUGGUAGCAGUGUUUGUAGCAGUGUGUAUGGUAGCAGUGUGUAUGGUAGCAGUGUGUAUAAGAGCAGUGGUGUAUGGUAGCAGUGGGUGUACGGUAGCAUUGUGUGUGUUGUAGUAAUGUGUAAGGCAGCAGUGUGUGUAGCAGUGUGUGUUGUAGUAAUAUGUAUGGCAGCAGUGUGUGUAGCAGUGAGUGUUGUAGUAAUAUGUAUGGCAGCAGUGUGUGUAGCCGUGUGUGUGUUGUAGUAAUGUGUAUGGUAGCAGUGUGUGUAGCAGUGUGUGUGUUGUAGUAAUGUGUAUGGUAGCAGUGUGUGUAGCCGUGUGUGUGUUGUAGUAAUGUGUAUGAUAGCAGUGUGUGUAGCCGUGUGUGUGGUAGCACUGUUUAUAAGAGCAGUGGGUGUAUGGUAGCAUCAAAUAACGUGUCAUUGAGCCUGGUUACAGUAUAAUGAAAUUCUCCAUUAAAUAUUAUUAUUGUUCUACUCCCACAGUUUACGGAAGUAAUGCGGAUAUAAAUGAUUGUUGCCUGGACGUGAAAAACAUCCAGAUUCCUGCAAAAAGAGUGAAAGCUUAUUACAUGCAGGAUGGAACCAACGGGUGCAACAUCAAAGCUCUUGUGUAAGUUUAAAAGGAUUCUCCUAACUGGAGGUGUUAAUUUGUAUCCAUUUAUCAUUUAUAGAAAUAUCGGGGCCAGCUUGGUGUUAGAAUGCAGCCAUAGAUUUUGUCCUUCAAAGCUUGCUGUACUUUGUAUAACAUAGAGUGUAAAGCUGUGCUGACGCUAGGAAGGAUUAUGGCUGAAUUGCUUAGCAAUGUAAAAUGAAGGCUAAUUUGACGAUACACAUUGUUAGUAAUGGUAAGGUUAAUGAAAAACAGAGAUAAUUUAACUUAAAAAUAUUCAAAGUUUAAUAACAAAAAAGUCUGAUCACGUCUGCCUAGACCUUGAUAAAUAGUGGCCACAGAAAUGAGUAUUGGCUACUGAGCUGUAACCUAAGAGGCCAACCCCCUCCCUCCUACAUAUAACACAAAUAUAAUGAAGAUCUAUAGAACACUCUGAUUACAAGAGGGGACCCAUUAAUGUCACCUUGUAAGGAAAUUAAACAUUGAUCCCUUUCUUCCCCAUAAAAGGUUAGUAUUCCAUGUGCUCUGCUCAGCAAACAGUGGUCAGGUUUUUUAAUUUACAUUAUUAUUAUAUAAACUGGCUUCUAACAGCACAAUGAAGAUAUUUCCCCCCAAGGCACCAAAUGGCCACCCAACGUCACUGUUGUUUUAUAUUGGAGACAUGCAUCAUCUGUGAACAAUAUUUAUUUUGGAAAAGAUGUUUCAAUUAAUGACUCAACACUUUCCUUUCUUUGCACCCUCUUCUGCCUCCAUAGCUUCAUCACCCGCAAAAAUAGACACCUCUGUGCGCCACAUAACGUCGGCUGGGCAAUAAAACUUAAGAGCAUGAUCGAGGGACGCAACAUUAGGGUAAGUUACUUAUUUCCACUUUGGCUUACUCUGUCAACUACACACCAAGAGACUUAUACACUAAAAUGUUGAAGAAAUAAACAGAGCCUCUUCUUAGUAUAGCAUAUUUUUUUCCUUUGUGCUAACAUUAGCUUUUUUUGUAUCUGCUAAAUAUAUUCUUAAAUAUUUUCAGAAUAACAUUUAAAGAAAGUAAUAAAAAAUAAAAUGAAAACAAACCAAAAUAUUUGGAAAUAUUUUUUUAUCAACUAAUCAGUCAGUAGAAAGUGACUGCAAAGUAAACCAUACUUAUCACCCAUAUCACAAUGCAUUCAGUAGUAUUCAGAAUUUAGUUUUAAGACCAAGUGAUUUUCAUAAUCCCAAAUUGGACAUUGCAGUGCCUACAGAUGAUGUGGCGCUUCUGUGAGUCAAGACCAAGGGUGUCUUUGAGAGGGAUAAAACCUAGAGGCCAUAACUACUUACUAUUACAACGAAAACAUACAAUUAGCAAUUUCAUAGUUUUGGAAUAUUACUUUAAGGUUAUAGUGGCUAGUCUUCUGAUCUACAUUGUAGUAAAUGUUCAUUAAAUGGACUGUACAAGAGGCACCUGUUAAGAGUUAAAGAAAUGAGAUUUCACCUUCAACAAUGGAAAGGGUUAUUUGCAGUAAGAACAAUAAAGAUGUGAUAUGUUCUGCCUAAAUAGCUUGUUUAUUAGAUUCUAAAGAGAUUUUUUUAAAUGUGUGGUUCCAUUGAGAAAAUAGAAUAGUUAGGGAUGUUGUAGAUUAUAUGUUCUGCAAGAAGAUCCUGAUCAAUGGACAAAUCUGACUUCCAGAGUCAAUAAUUCUUUUCUUCUCAUUUAUUAAAUGAGUUGGAGUUGUCUUCAAACUGGCACUUUUAUCUUCUUUUGGAUCAAAAGCAAAAAUCAGUGAUGUGUAAAAGGCGGAAUUUUAUGGAAUAGACCAUUUUGAACAUUUUGUAUUUAACUAUGUAAUGUAAAGCUGUCCAUAAAUAAUAGGUCUAAAAUAUGUUUGUUUGUUUUUUUCAUUGUUUUUUUAGAAGAAACGUCACAACCACAGUGUCUGCGAGUCUGCAGCCUAACUGCGAGUUGAAUUAAAUUACAACAAUUUAUGACAACAAGCAAAUGAUUUAAAUUACUCAGAUGCCAUCUGCAGCUUCCAAUACAUUGUCCUCGAAGCUUGGAAAGAAUGUGAAUCUGUCUUGUCAUAGAGUGUCCCAAUACAUGCGUGUGGGUCUGUGUCCAUAUACAAUAUGUAUGUAUGUCCCUGUGUGUUAUUAUUGGUUUGGUUGGUAGUGUCACGAGUUAAGCUAUACCAUUUUAACCAAAUUAUAUGUAUUGUCCACAUAAAUGGUUACUGUAUUGAUGUUUUUAAAUGUCUCUGCUAAAAUGUAUCCAGACUUCACUUUCUGAUUGAUCCAAAUGAUCUCAUUGUUUAUCGUAUGCACUGUCUGCACAAAAACUCGUUAACGACAAAACUAAAUUCUAAUAAAAGUCAAAGGAUAAUCAUGCCCGGAGUAUUCCACAAACUAUAUAUCCAAAAGUUUACAUUUACCUCUUCAUUUUCUACACUAACCUAACAGAGCAAACUUGGUACAGACGGUUAGUUCAAUAUUCGUCUAUUUACCUCAUUUAUUUAAAAACAAUCUUAUGAUCCUUAAAAUGUCCAUGAUCUAAUGAAUGAUAAAUCUCGGGAAGUCCUCUGAAUGUUCCCCUAAUAUCCAUAAGGGGGAAAAUUUUACAGAAUUUACUAAAGUGUAGGUUGUCAUGUAUUUAAAAUGACUUUCAAAAUGUAUGCCAAAGGCGCAAAAAUGGACGCAAAGUUGAUUUUAAGAAUUAUUUAGUAGUUUUUGAAAUUCACUUUAAAUUCACAAAAUAUUACGCGUCACUGAACGCACUCUUAAUACCCAACCCUUGUGUAUAGCCGUUGGCAAACUACCAUUGAUUGUCACGGUGUAUACUAUAGGGCUUGAACUGUUCUUAAUCAUACAGGGGUUUAGCCAGAUUCCUAAAUAUUAAGUUUAUCCCCAUGUAUAAAGUAGGAGUCAAAGUUUGCUCUCAUCAGUCCAGGGUCUGAAAAGAAUUCUAGUGAGUUUACUACCAGUUUGUGGUGUGUUUCCCAUGAACAGGUUUUAGUGAAAACUGCAAGACAGUCUCUCUCUCUCUCUCUCUCUCUCUCUCUCUCUCUCUCUUUAAAAUUAAGGUCUCAUGAAAUAUAGGCGUUACCCCUUGUCCUAGAUCUGUGUGUAUAUAUAUAUAUAUAUAUAAAGGAAUAUUAUAUAUAGGAAUUGUUGAGCCAAGUAAUCAGGACGAUGCCUCAUCCAGCAUAUAUAUCAACCGUUUCUUUACACAGAUCUCUAGGACAGGGGGUAAAAACUAUGUCAAGAGAACUUUGCUUUAAAAUGAAAAAGCCUCCAUCAUAAGUCAAAAAGUAAUAAAAACUGCUUAAUCUAUAACUCUUCAAAGAUCCAAUUCCAGAAUCAUAGUCACGAGAAUACAAAUAAAAUUACAGAAAAAAGGAAGACAAUAAUCACUUUAUUUUGAUUUCCCUCUAAUUCUUUGUCCGCUUUGAUCGUUUUGAUCCAGAAAGAUUUAUUGAUUUCUGAUUUUCUUUUUCACUGAGCUAAGGGUUUUGUUGACCUUAAAAUCGGUGACGAAAAACUCAGCAAACUCACUUUACUUAUGUUCAACAUCAGUAAUAUAUAACAGAAAGCUAAAUAACUUUAACAAUAUAUAGAAAUAUGUCUUUGAUAUUAUAAUAAAUAUAUAUAUUUGUGCAUGUUGUAAAUGAUUUGUAUUGAAUGAGAAGUUUUUGUCUCUCGAUAACCUUUGGGGGGGGAAAUCGAUAAUAAUGUUAAAUAUAUCUUUGAUGUCUUCUGUACCUGGUAUUUAGGGGGUCAAAGAAGUAUAUCUCAAAAUAACCAGGGUCAGCUAGAGAUAUUAGAUGCCACUAGGUACAAUUACUACAGAUGCCCAAACAUAACAAUAAUGAGUUAACAUUGAUGAAUUGUAGCAUGGAUGGGAUGGUAAUUGGCUAAGCUAGACUGGCAUAGGGCAGGUAACCCUGGCACCACUGAUAUUUUGGAAAUGUAUACUUCAUGAUGCUUAGAUAGCCAUAAAGAUGGUCAAGCAUUCUGGGCGAUGUAGUUUGCAGGUAUCAGGUAGAUAAAUGAGAGGCAUACUCUGUGGUCUAAACAUGUGUUUAUCUAUGAAUUGAAAUCACGCACAUGUUAAAAUGAAGUUUCUAAAUCAGCCUUUAGGAUGAGGCCAUGUGUCUGUAUUCAUUGGUCAAAUUAUAAAGUUCAGCUUCAUAAGACAUAAAUGUAUAAGUGAAUCCUAAUGGAAGAUGUGUAUCAGAGACUAACGGUCCCAUCCAGAGGUUUUUAAUUCUGCACUUUAUUUACAAGGGGAGUUAAGGAAGACACAUGUAGAGUCUGUCUUACAUUCUCACCUGUUCCAUAUCUUCCUUCUCUGCAUCCAUGUACAAAUGAGGGGAUAAUAUGAUUUCAGUGCAAGCAGGAGCCAUCAUCCCUCAGUAGUGUGCCGCCCAUUGGACUAUUAGUCCGAUAAUCACCAAAAACUGUCAGAGUAUCUGUCAAAAGACACAUAAAUAGAAUGGGAAUUGUAAUACAUAGCAGGGGAGUGACAGCUGCUGCAUGUAUAAGGAAGCAGGGAUCAAUGUCUUGUGUUUAAAAUAUUAAGUAUGAAUGUGAUUGAUAAAUUCUUUGUGUUUUCUAAGACUCUGGGAGUGUAUGUGUGUUCGUUCAGGCCAGUCAAGCUAAUACAUUGUAUAUUAGAACAUUGUUAAGCUAUUUGAGAGUGGACAUAAGAGAUUUUGUAACUGUGAAAUCAUCCUUUUUUAAUAAAGAUAACUUUUAUAAGCUGAUAAA